GACUGGUACUGUAUGUCCCAGAUGGACCACUGCAUCAAGCAUAUGUUGAUAGGCUUAUUGGGUACACUGUUGAGGGUUCCAAUUACAAAGCCCUAAGUAAAACAAAUUGUAACUGACUUAACUGUCUAUGAGUAGGCUAAGACCUGACUGGAUGUUCUUGUGAGAGAGAGACACAGUAUUAAUCAUGGCUGUCACCCCCUCUCCAAUUUCAGCACAGAGGCUAAAGAUCUUAAGUGCUUUCUCAGCCAGGGGACUACAGGCUACAAUCUGAACCUGCCUUGAUUUUCUCUUGCUCCCUCACUGGGUGGGUGCUCGUUACAGCUGUUUUGCAGCCAGCGAAGAGAUUUCCAUAGCAAAGUACAUGACUGUCUUAAAUACUGAAAAUCAGGGCUCACAUGCAAGUAUUUUCCAGAUGUUAUUGCAACCAUUAUUUUUUAGGCUCUCCUAAACACUUCUAAGAUGUGAAUUGCUCCACCUGUCAUUAAUAAGGAUCUUUUUAAAAUGUUCAAUUUUUUGCAAACACAGCUGUUCUUUGUGAGUGGAUCUUUUGACAAUUGUUUGAUAUUUUGAGUUGACCUAAAAAUGUCCCCUACCGGUUAUAAAUAAAACUCGUCAGUGUCCCCCCUCCUUUCCCCUCCCCAUCUGUGACACCUGUUCAGCCUAAUCAUUGUGAAACCACCAAGUCAGACUGAAAAGUCUACUAAUUUACAUGCAAAUAAAGUAAAAGAAACCCAAAGCGUUUAGCAUCAUCCCAGACAACUUUCCACUUUGCCUCAGAGAGAGGGACUGUGUACACUGGCCAUUUUGAAACUUGGUAGGCAGGCCAGCGACUGGUGACGGACCCCUGCCAGUCACAGCCAACCACAGCCCUCCGCCCCCAUUGCUGGUCCCCUGCUGACAUUGGCUGUUCUGUUUACAUUUAGGGAGAUCAGCUUAUUCCAUUCUAAAUACCACCUCCAGUAGGGAGAAGUGCAGAGGUGUCAAACUGUGGGUGAGCGACAUGGGGGCAUAGGGACAAUCUCACAGAUUACAGUGACCGUUACUAGCUGUAUCUUUCUGUUUUACUCUUCAUGGAUUUGAAUUUUGUUCACUUGUUUAUUUUUCAUCGAGAAAUUGGCAUUUCAUUCCAAUUUCCGUCAUUAGAUCAGCUUGUCUGUACACUUGAAGAUGAGCACAGAGGGAUAAGGCUGGCUACAUUUUCCCAAAAAGUUUCCCCGUCUGUCUCACGGACAUUGGUCAUCAACCUUUCCGUGACCCUUUUUCUGUUUCGAUUGGGCAUCCUAACAUUAUUCUAUCAUGAGUUCCAAGAUAGUGAACUAUAACUCAACCUCAAGAAAGCCAAGCAUGAUGGAUAACGUAACCGAUUGCAAUGGUGCCGGCUUGGACCUCAUUCAGAAUCGCAUUGAGUCUCUGAACAGUAAGAUGGACAAACUCAUCAACAUCCAGGAGAAGGUCCUCAACCGGCUGGAUGGAAUGUGCCAGAACAUUGACAGUAUAGAGAGGGACAUGGAAACACUGAAGGUGGAUAAGGAAGAGAUCCAUAUCCCUGCCAGAGCCCGAACUCUACCACCGGCCCUGGCUCAAACCCAGGGCACGGGCAUGGGGGGCGAAGUGAGAGAGAUGUGUCAGGAGAUGAGCUCCUUCAUGACAGUGCUGGACCAGCGCUCGGAGAAGCAGGCUGAGAAGCUGGACGGAAUGGAAAAGCUGGUACUCAGCAUCCAUCAGGUCAUCAGAUUCAUUGGGGAGACGAUGAAGAGCCCCCGGGUUAUGGAGAUGAUGUUUAUGGGUCCGGCAGCACGCAAGGCCUCCAAGUCAAAAGACCUCAAGAUGGCUAUUAAGAGGCAAUCGUCUGGAGAAAAGAGCAAGAGCUCAGUUACUAAGAAGACCGACAAGCCAAAAGAUCACAAGAAGAAGGAUGGGAAGGAGAAGUCGGGUCUGAGCCCGAAGGGUCUGAAAGCACAGAAAAAGAAGAAGCCCCCAGACACAGCAGAUACCAUCUCCCUUAGGAAGCAGGUGUUGCUACUAGAGGAGGUUCAGAAGCUCAACAGGGAGAAUGCAGAGAGAUCAUCAUCAUCAUCAUCAGGUCACCAGCAGCAGCAGCACCUCACCCCUGAUGGCUUCCUGGACCUGGAGGCUGGAGCUGGAGGGACCUCAGAGGAUUCCCUCAGCCCAAACCUGCUGGACUUUAUCCUCGAGGGCCCCAAGGCCCCUGUGACUGAAGAGGAGUCAUUGUCUGAGGAGGAGGCUGCAGGAGAUGGACUAAAAAUGGAAGAGAGGAAGGAGGAGGAGGUUGUAAAAAAGGAGGAGAAGGAACACCACCUUAAUGAAUCGAAGGAAGAGGAGAAAGAGGAGGAGCUGUUGAAAACCACAGAGAAGCCUGAGGAGGAUAGAAGACUAGAAGAAAAGGAGGGGGAGAAGGAGAAAGAGGGGGACACUACACUCUCUAAAGGCCCAUCAGAAGCUGUUGAUAUGUCAGUAAAGGAUAUCCCUUCUCUCCCAACCUCCCCUAAAGCUCCAGGAGACACUAACUCCAUUCCCGAGAGCUGUGAAGACCACAACAAAAGUGCUUCCUCUCUGUCUCUGGAGGCAGCAAAACAGGACCAGAUGGAGGAGGGCAGCACCAGGAGUAAGCGUCAGGUGAUGGAGGAAGACCUGGGAGUAGAGGACCACAAGAAGAGUCGGGUAGAGGAAGGAGAGGAGGAGAAGAAGGAGGGGGAGAGGAAGGAGGAGGACGAAGCAGAGAGACCAGAGGAUGAGGAUGAGGGAUGGGGCGUCUUCAAAGCAGACGGGGUGGAUAUCCGUGUGGAGCUGAAGAAGAGGCUGGGGAAAGAUCAGGCCACAGAAGUCAAGCAGUCUACAGGGGAAAUGUUCUUCAUUGACAAAAGUCCUCCUCCACCAGCUCCAUUCAACCACCGGAUAGUGUCGGCCAAACCCAACCAGAUCAACAACUUCUACACCAUCAACAGAGUUGAGGUUCUAGGAGGGGGUCGUUUUGGCCAGGUGCACAAAUGCAUGGAAAACUGCUCAGGUCUCACCCUAGCUUCCAAAAUCAUCAAAGCCCGGAGUCAGAAAGAAAAGGAGGUGGUCAAGAAUGAGAUCACGGUCAUGAACCAGUUGGACCAUGCCAACCUGAUCCAGCUCUACGCCGCCUACGAGUCCAGGAAUGAUAUCAUCCUGGUGCUGGAAUAUGUGGAUGGUGGGGAGCUCUUUGACCGGAUCAUUGACGAGAACUACACUCUGAUGGAGCUGGACACGGUCAUGUUCAUCAGGGAGAUCUGUGAGGGCCUGCAGCACAUGCACAAGAUGUACAUCCUCCAUCUGGACCUCAAGCCGGAGAAUAUUCUAUGUGUGAGCAGAGUCACAAAUAAAAUCAAGAUCAUUGACUUUGGACUUGCCAGAAAAUACAAGCCCAGAGAGAAGUUGCGAGUGAAUUUCGGCACCCCAGAGUUCCUGGCCCCAGAAGUUGUCAACUAUGACUAUGUGUCAUUCAACACCGACAUGUGGAGUCUGGGAGUCAUUACAUAUAUGCUUCUCAGCGGUCUGUGUCCUUUCCUGGGUGACAAUAACCCUGAGACUCUGAACAACAUCCUUGCCUGCCAGUGGAACUUUGACGAGGAAGAAUUUACAGACAUCUCAGAGGAAGCCAAAGACUUCAUCUCUAAACUACUCAUCGUCAAUAAAAGUUGGAGGAUAGGUGCCUCUGAAGCAUUGAGGCAUCCUUGGCUCUCUGACCCAGUCCUCCAUCACCGACUUCAUGAAAAGAAGAACAUGUGUAACUGCUCACGGCGAUCUUCAUGCGUACCCAUUACAGAUAGUUGAGCAUGAUGACUAGACGGCGCCAGCUGUGGCCACCUGGACCAAGCCUGCUGUGCACCUGCAUAUUUACCAGCACUUACCUGUCUGUGCACCUGUAGAACUACAGCUGUAGAAUUACUGGAGCUUACCUGCCUGUAUACCUGUAGAACGACAACAUACAGAACAACAACCUGUAGAACUACACCUGUAGAACUACCGUAGCUGGACGAUACAUGUUACCUGAACAACUGUUAGCUCACUGGAUAUGCUGUUUUGUUGGUUUUAGUACACAUGUCCAAGGAUAGGUCAAAAAUUUGACAAAAUGAAGGAAUUGGUUUUAGUGGAAACAUUAGCUCACAGUUAUACUGUACUUUUUGAAUGUGUUGUCAUGUACUGUAAAAGUGCUAUUUCAGUGUGAUGCCAAAGCUUAGAAGACUGGAGGGUGUAGUGAAAGAUAGUAUGCUAGGGACAGUAUGUAUUUCAUCUGCAAUGCAAGAUUAGUAGGACAUAACACCAAACUCUAACCUAGUAUCUUGUAAAUACUUCGGGGUUUUGACUUUGUCAGACAAACUAGAUUCCAGAUAAAAAAUGUUUACUUUUAGCCAAAGUUCGUUUGUUUCCCUGUCGUACUGUUUUGCUAUUCUCUUCCCUCAUAUGUCAAUCCAUUUGGAUUUGCUGUAUUUCCAUAUCAGUUAUCCACAAUGCAUCUCAAUGUUUAUGCUGCGAUGCUGCUCUCCAUUUCAUUUUCUGUUAAUGUAAAAGAGUUCCAUGUUGAGUACUGUACCACACUUUUCCUCUGACUGUGUGUGUAUUUAUCAAACCGAAGGAUUUUUAAGUUGACUGAUAGAUAGACAAAUGUCAUGUGUUUGUUGUUUGUUUUGUGCUCUCUUGAUAUUGGGUGUAAAUAGAUAAAAUAUGUAGAUGUUUGCUUAAAUCCUUUAAUGCAGACCUGGAGUACUUAGUAAUGAGUCUGGCAAAGCAUUGUUAUCCUGUUUUCAUUUUCUUCAAAUCAUUCAAUCCAUUAUAGAAUUAUAGAAUAUCAAUUGCUGUUGAUAUUCUAUAUUGUAUUUUGGAAAAAUAUGUACUUUCACUAAAGAAAAUGGAAAUUGUUGCGCAGGAAUAUUUGUUACAAGAUGAUUGGCCUCCCAGAUUUAGGGGCUGCAUCUAAGGGUUAAGUUUCAGAGAUGACUCAUUUUGAUUUCACACAAACAGAACAAAAAAGGCCUAAAUUCAAGCAAGGAAAUUAAUACAUUAAAUCUAAAAUAAUCUGACAAUGUUCGGGACGUUUAUCCAUGUUCUAGUAUAUUUGUAAAUCUACAGUAUGAAAAGGGUUGAAUGGAUCUUGUCUGGUCAGUUUUCAUAAGCUCUAGGAUGUGCACUUUAUAUUGUUAUUUGUUUAAAUCAGAUGAAUUUAUCAAAACUAAUCCUAGCAGAAAAUACCAUGUUAGAAAUUUUGUGCCUGUAGUCAUACCCUGCAUUAUUUCAUUAUAUUUUGUUUGUGUGUGUGUGUGUGUAUAUAUAUAUAUAUAUAUAUAUAUAACAGUUUUACUUUAUAUUCAAAUAAUUGAAGUCUUAUCAGUAUUUUCUUUGGGAAAAAAAAUAUUUUGCCUUUGUUACUUUUUAUUUAAUGAAAGCAUGCUUUUUUCUUUCAUGUGCUCAGUAAAACCAAUUAUAGUACAUACAUGACACAUUAUACAUAAUUAUUUCAAUGUGUAGGGUUGUGCAUAAAUGUUUGCAUUUCUGCUAUUGUUAUUUGUUCAAACUUUUUCUCAAUGGUUGUUCACAUGUUAUCAUACUGUAAUUAAAAAUAAAACUACUUUAUUACCUUCCAUGAAGGUUGGCUAUUGGAAAGUAUCCUAGCUAUUAGAAUUAAAUAUGGCUAGUAUUUGAUAUUUGACUCUUUUUAUAAUUUCCUCUAUGGUGUAUAUCUAUCUUAGAUUUACAGUUGUAUAAACAGUAAAACUGCUGUCUUUUUAAGUCCGUUGAACAUUGAUUGUCAUUGUUUUUGAAGGAUAGAGUACAAUAAAAAACACAAUGAUAAUCUGA